AUGGCUCCUGUGCAUUCACCAGUGAAACCCCUUCUGUACCUCGAGGAACACAAACUGAAGCAAGAUGCAAACGAUUAUGGGCUAUCGGAUGAUUUUUGGAGCUUCGAACGGUUCAAACAACAACUGCAGAUAGUGAUCGUGCGGUACGAAGAGAACGAAAUCGAGUUCGACAUGAUCGGCGUGAGUCCUGCAGUGGCCAACGUGUUCCGGCGUCUGAUGCUCAGCGAGGUUCCGAGCAUGGCAAUCGAGAAAGUACACAUCUACAACAACACGUCCAUCAUUCAGGACGAAGUGUUGGCCCACCGGCUGGGCUUGAUACCGUUGCGGGCCGAUCCGCGCAUGUUCGAGUACAAGGUAAACGAAACCGAUCCACCGACCGCCCAGGAUUCGCUGGAAUUCGAGCUGAAGGUGAAAUGUACCCGUAAAAACAAAGAUUCGACCGAGAUCACAAACAACGACAACAUGUACCGCAAUCACAGCAUCUACUCUGGCCAGAUCAAAUGGAUUCCGAUCGGAAACCAAUCGGCCGUAUACACCGAUGCGUCCGUUGGACCAAUCGACGACGAUAUACUGAUAAGCAAAAUGCGCCCGGGGCACGAGUUCGACAUUAAACUGUUUGCAGUGAAGGGCGUGGGCAAAGAUCAUGCCAAAUUUUCACCGGUAGCGACUGCUUCCUAUCGUUUGUUGCCGGAAAUCAAGCUCAAGCACGCGGUAGUGGGAAACGAUGCACGGUUGCUGCAAAAGUGCUUUUCUCCGGGUGUGAUCGAGAUCGACAAAGAGGAUCGUGCAUACGUGAAGGAUGCUCGGUACGAUAGUUGCAGCCGGAAUGUAUACCGCUACCCACACCUGGCGGAUGCCGUUACGCUGGCACGCGUAAGAAAUCACUUCAUAUUCACCAUCGAAUCGCUGGGAGCCCUCAAGCCGGAGGUGAUCUUCAUAGAGGCGGCAAAAGUGCUAAAAAAGAAGUGUAGAAUGUUUUUAGAUGAAAUAAAAGGACAUUGA